AUGGCUGAAGGUGGAUUUUCUGCUGCGUGGUCGAAAUCUCUCCGCAAUGUUCCGUUAUUUGACGCCUCUUUUAUCGAGACAUGGCUUGAGACCGAUGGAGAAGUCCCGAAGAAGGUGGUAACUCGUGGUUAUAGUAACUUCUGCGAAGGCAUCUUAGAUGGUGCUUUUUUUUCGUUUAUUGCACGAUUCGCCAUUCGAAAUCUCUUGUGCAAAAUCUAUAGUGUAUUAAACUUCCAUUUUCGCACUUUGCUUUCACUAAAUACUCAGGAUACAGAAGUAAUUGUUAGAGCUCGAAGCUACAAAUCACAGAGAAAAAAUGAAGAGCCAUGGAGGUUACAGGUUGAGAUAUCAAGGACUCCCGAAGUUAAAAUAACCAGUACCUCCUGCAACUGUGAAGCAGGUGCAGGGCUCUGUAACCAUGCAAUAGGGCUGGUUUACCUCCUUGAGCAUUAUAGAAAACUGGGCUUAAAAAGUGUACCUCCUGCCAUGUCAAAAACAAGUCUACCACAAACAUGGCACGUUCCUCAAAGGACAGCAGGAAUCAAUCCCCGCGAGGUGCAAGAGGUGCUGGUGCAGCAAGUGAAACCACCGAGCAAUGAUGCAACACAAAAAAAGAAAAUACACAGGUUAGAUGGAGUACGGUCCACUCUGUAUAAUCCGAUUCCGGAACAUUUUGGUUUACCCAAAAUCAUUGAUUCUAUGAGAGACAUAUUCAAACAAUAUGAAGACAUGCAAGUAAACAGUAUUGUUCCAGAAACUGACAGUUUGGACUAUGUGAAUAGUAAACUAGGGAGAGUAGCUCAUGGCUCAGUUAUAUCAUACCAACAACGUCAGAACACAACCAAUGAUCCAAAAAUUCACAUUAAUGUUGAGGGGCCACAGGAGCCACUGCCUUUUGGUGUACCAUUGCUUAAAAGCAAUUAUACAUUUGUGCCUACUUUGGCAGAACUUAACUUUGCUGAAGGGCUUAGUGUCUCACAAGCACAAUCCUGUUUAUAUCAGGAAGAAACAAGGGAGCAGUCUGACACUCAGAAGUGGCAUGAUCUGAGGGCACAGAGGCUAUCUUUGAGUAAAUUUAAAGUUGUUUGUGCCCGAAGGGCUGACUUUGAAUCACUGGCAGCAAGGCAACUAAAGAAGACUGUGCAAACUGCAGCCAUGAGGCAUGGUAUUAAUACAGAAGAAGAGGCAGCGUAUGCAUAUGCUGAUGUUUUCCCUGCCGGGAUUGUUAUCAACCCAUCAUGUCCACAUCUGGCUGCCUCUCCAGAUCGAAGGGUCUAUGAUCCCUCUGAAAACAAUCCCUGGGGGCUGCUGGAAAUCAAGUGCCCUAUUACGGAUUCAAUCUCGCAGCUGAAAUAUCUGAAAUGUGUAAAUGGGGUUUAUAAACUUCGAAAAACACAUAGCUAUUACUACCAGAUCAUGGGACAGAUGAUGUUGACAGGUUGUGAAUGGGUAGAUUUUUAUGUUUAUUGUAAAUCUGACUUUCAUUUAGAAAAAGCUAUCAAAUCGUUCCUUUGA